AUGGAUUUGGAUACGCCACCCGAAGCACCCUUCGAGAGGCUCCCAGCCGAGAUCCUCGACUUGAUCAUAUUGCAACCGUUCUUGUGCGGUGAAGACAUCAAAUCGAUUCGCUUGGUCAGCAGAAGAAUCACAAGCUCUGCCACCAGAUGCUUGUUUCAGCAAGUUCAUAUAUCGGCUCUUCAUCGUGAUCGGGAAGUCUUCUUGAGCAUUGCUCAGUCACCACACCUGGCAUGCCAUGUACAAACUCUGGUCUGGGACGAGCUAACCGGAAAGUUUGAACUUCUGCAGGAUGAAUCCCUGAGAAUAAAAAUGGGCUGGAGAGACCCGUUUGACUCUGCCGGUUUUAGUCUGGUCGACGACUUGACAUCACAAGUUGAGCCGCUAUUCUGGCUGACAUCUAAAUCUGUUAAGCUGGAGAAGGGCAAGAAGAAAGCCACUGAUGCCCUGCCCUUCUGGGAUGAGUUUGUUGAGGCCGUGGACAAGUUUCCGGCUCUUCGAGCGUUUGUUUCGCGCCCGAUGCAGCCCGAUCGCGAGGUCCAGUCUGCCGCGGACGGUUAUCCUCUGAGUGUACGAGUCAUCAACGGAUUUCUUCACUUCGACGAUUGGGUAGGAAACACGGGCGAAAACAGUCAUCACGAUACGGUUUUCAAUCUUGGAUUCUUAUUCUAUCUAAUACCACUGCUAAAGCUGUACACGGAACGGGGUGAUCAACGACCACGCCAGCUAUGCUUCUCCGAUGAAGCUGUAGUUGCCAUGAGCUCCCUCGAACGUCUCGCGACCAGUGACGCCCCCGCAUUUAGACAUCUGUAUCAUCUAGAACUUGACGUCUUUGAGCAAGCGAUAAGGCCAUCUCGAGAGACAUCUGGACUGGAAGCUUGCCUCACCGAGGCUGUCAAUCUGAGACACCUGCACCUGAAGUAUGUUCAAGCCCCGAAUUAUGGGGGACCAAGACUGCCGCCCGAGGCCGACGUUUACAGGAGCCCGCUGUUUGCCAUACCUACUCUACCAUCCCUUCUAAGCCUGUGUCUCGAUAACGUUAUCCUUGAACUUAGCUCUUCAAAGAGCCCCGAAUCUGUUCCCGACCUACCCCUUGAUCACGAACAACCGGCCUUUAUAAACUUUGUCAAACGCCAUGCCGCUACUCUGAAAAGGCUCUGUGUUGUGUCUUCAGCCGUCAGAGCACACAGCAUACGUAAGCUGGCUAGGAUACCUAACUUGAAGCUACACAGGUUGAUCAUAAUACGCCCGUUCGGAGACAAUAACCACUACGCUUUUGAGGAGGAGGAUAUCCUAAAUUUUAUUAAUUCGAAGUAUGACUAUAGUAAUCUAUCUCAGCAAGCUAAAGGCCGCCCGGUCCUGUCCUUCUGGAAUCCGCUAAGUACGCAUGAACACCCGACAUGGAAGGAACUCGGGAGAGAUGAAUGGUUGAGCAUGGAUGAUGAUUGUCGAGAAAUAUGCAGAACACAUGACGCCUCGAGCGGCCUAUGGGUGGAUGAGGAUGGCAUAUACUAUGAUCCCGCAACUGACCAAGAGAUGGCGGAGCCAGGGCAGGAAUAUUGUCGUCCCGAAAGCUGGCAAGUCCAAGUCGAUAAACGCAGGUGGGAUGGUGAUUUGGGGCUUUGGCGGGACACCUCAUCUUGCCACAGUGCUCCCUUCCACAAAUUUGCCAUCGACAGACUAGCCGACACCACCUUUGGCGACAACUUGGACAAGCGCGCAGAAAACGACCCCGGUCUACAGGGGGAGCGUGAUAGGGCUAUCGAAUUACCUGCCUAUCCACCUGAACUAUGCCUCUUGGAAGAGUUUGAACAUCAAGCCCGAAAACUCGGACGAACCAAAUGGGCCUGGGGGACUGACCGCGAAGGCGACGUCUGGUACUGGGAAGUCCUCAAUGAUAGCCCAGGCCACGCCACUCAAAUCUGGCACUUCACUCACAGAAACGGCGAAGAAGCAUACGGCGACGAUCCGCUCGAUUUCUGGCCGGACUGGGAGGGCGGCACAUCUGGGGACACCGUCUCUGCGACGCCAUUCGGCGUCAAGCUGAGGUCAUUCGCAGAGACUGCCAGAAACAGGCGACCCUUGGACUACUGGCUAGGAGAUUCGCAGCCAUUAGGCAGCCAGAUAGGGAGGGAAUAUGGCCAGCCGACUAGGUAUAGUCUGCUCAGCGACCCUUGGUGGGCUCAGAGGUAG